GUGUUUGCAGAAAGCUUCACCUGCUGCCGAACAUGGCGCCGCAGAGGCUUCGGCUCCCGUUUCCUCGCGUAGAUUAUUGCAGGAUGCUGAUGUUAGGGUUGAUCCAGAUGCAGGGAGUUGUGCAGCUGCAGGGACAGCAGGGCGGGGUUCACCUCUGCACAUGCACCUGUCUCUGCAGUCUGAUGCAGACUGUCUGUGCAUCUACAUAACACCAGUGUGUUUACCGUCGCCAAACUCCAUCAGAUGCAGGAUGAGCUCAGCAACGGAGGACGAAGACGCUGCCACGUUGGAGGGCGUCAAGUCCGUCACGCUCACUCAGGACAGCGAUGGGAGCAUCAUCCUGCACUGUCCCGUCAACGAUGAGGAUUCGGAGCCCGUUCAGAAGAAGCUGCGUCUCUCCGGUGAAGGACGAGGAGACUCGGAGACGCCUCAGUUCUCAGUCGUCACUUUACCCAUGUCGGAGAAUGACGACAACUUCGAGGUGGCGAUGGCGGACGCGGCGGGCGGCGACCUCUCCGAGGACGGGGUCACUCAGAUUGAGAUUCUGCAGCAGGACGAGGAUUCUUUGUCACCCAAAGUGAAGACGGAAGUGUCUCCCGUCAGUCAGGCCUGGUUCACCACCAAAGAAGACAAAGACACGCUGGCCAACGAAGGUCAUAAGUGGAAACAGGGCAUGUGGUCCAAAGAGGAGAUUGACAUUCUGAUGAGCAACAUCGACCGCUACGUGAAGGGCCACGGCAUUCAAGACCCCGCAGAGGUCAUUUUUGAGAUGUCCAAAGAGGAGAGGAAGGAUUUCUACCGCUCUGUGGCGUUGGGGUUAAACAGACCUCUGUUUGCCGUCUACAGGCGAGUUUUACGGAUGUACGACAACCGCAACCAUGUGGGCAGGUACACUCCUGAGGAGAUAGAGAAGCUAAAAGCGUUGAGAGAGAAACACGGGAACGACUGGGCGACGAUCGGAGCAGCUCUGGGCCGCAGCGCCUCUUCUGUCAAAGACCGCUGCCGGCUGAUGAAGGACACGUGCAACACAGGUAAAUGGAGCGAAGAGGAGGAGAAGCGGCUCGCUGAAGUGGUGUACGAGAUGGCGGGGGUGUCGCCGGGGUCGGCGGUCACGGGGGGCGUUUCCUGGGCAACGGUUGCUGAACGGGUUCGCACGCGGUCGGAGAAACAGUGUCGAUCUAAAUGGCUGAACUACCUGAACUGGAAACACAGCGGAGGAGCGGAGUGGACGAAGGAGGAUGACCUGAACCUCGUACGCAGGAUUUCUGUCCUGAGAGUGGAGGAUGAAAACGACAUCAAGUGGGAGGACCUGGCGUGGGGCUGGAGCAGCGUCCGCUCCCCUCAGUGGCUGCGAUCCAAGUGGUGGAGCAUCAAGAGACAAGUGGCCAAUCACAAGGACAUCCCCUUCAGCGUCCUGCUGAAAGGCCUCGAGGAGUUGAUGUCGUCCUCACAGACGGGAUCUGUGUCUGGGAGUCCCUCCUCUUCUUCGCUGCAGAUCCGACUCACUCGGCUGGACGAGAGCAGCGGCAGCCCGGCCUCCAGCUCCGUGGCGGCGCUGCAGAUUCCCGUCCAGAUCCCGCUGCAGAUCACACACCUGGCUUCAGACUCGGCCACAGCCAGCGACACCGACACCAUCACUCUGAACACCGGGGCCCUGCAGACCUUCGAGAUCCUGCCGUCCUUCCACCUGCAACCCACCGGCACCCCGGGGACCUACUACCUCCAAACCACGUCCAACCAGAGCCUACCCAUAAGCUUGAGCAACAACAGCACGGUUACCCUGACGACAGGCUCCUCGCCCUCCUCACAUGAACACAUCAUCCUCCACAGCCUGUCGACGGACAGCCUCUGCUCCAGUGACGGCGUCAUCAUCCAGACCGUCUCGUCUGACUCCGCCUCCUCAGACUCGCUCAGCCAACCGCAGCUGGUUGUGGAGACGGAGGGGCGGAGUCAGGAGGAAAGUCUCGAUGUCUCGGGUCUGCUGGAGGGUCCGGGAAGAGUUGCCACGGAAACUCAGGAGCCAAUGACAGAGGGUUUCACUGACAAGGGGCUGAGCUCCCCCACUGUGGAGGGUCCUGUGGUGCAUUCUGGGAUACAAUCUGGCAGCGCCGUGCUUAUUGUGUCUCCUUCCAACAUCAGCAGCACGCUGACGGAUCCCAUCUUGGAGAACCAGGAAGGCUCUGACUGACCAGGGAGAACCGCAAGAUGACGCAGGAUGUGUGUCAAACUAUGAAUUAAAGUCUCCAACUCCUGCUGGAACCAGGACACGAGCGCUUUGGGAACAGACUCAGGUGGUUAUGUGUCUGCGAAGCAUCCGACGCUUCCACUGAACCCCUGGAUGAAAUGUGAACGCAGCUUGUGGAGAACCGAGGUUGUGACGGACGGACCUGACACUUGAUGUUUUCUUGUGGACUACAUGAAGACGGACAUGUCACAGCUUCCUCCUAAUGCACAGAGACGAAGCCAAGAUAAGGUAGACAGGAGCUCACUAGCAGCUUGACUUUACAGUCUUGGACAUGAUGAAGACAGAGAGAAGUACCGCGGCAGCUUGAAUGCAAAUAAUACAGAAAAUAAAGAUCUGUUUUUAUGUAAAGUUAAAUGUGGAAACAUGUGAUUUUUAAAAAGAAAAGUGCUUGUUACAUCUAAAUUGUCCAUGAUCAUGGUUUAUUAGUUUCUUUUUCAAAACCAUUAACCCCCUUCAGAUUUCUGCAGACUGCAGCUGCUUCAGGUUUUAAAAGAAACAACAGAGCUAAACAGUAUAAAAUUGCAGAAAACUAGAAAAAAAAUAAUAAACUUAAAGCAAACAUUCAGUCUGUUUUAAGUAUUCGCUGAACUGAAGUCGAGUGAAGGAAGUGAGGAUGUGGUCAGGGUGCACAAUUAUAUUUAUUUCCAUAAAACAUUAAAUGAAAAAGAGACAUGGCCUCGACAAUCCUGCAGCGUGGACAUGUUGGCUCUUCUGCUGGACGUUUCUUCACCUUCUUUACAGUUCAAGUCAGAAAUGCUGCAUAUUUAUUGCAGGUCAAACAACAAUAGGACAACAAAGCAAACAGAAGUUCUUUCCAAUGU